AUGCCUCCCCAGCGAGGAACCUUCAAGGAGUGGGAGCGCAGACAUGAUGAGGAAAAGGUUCGUCUGUACGAGAUCCCAGUCAAUACCCGCAUGAACUUGGAAAAGAGACCUGCAACUUUCAAGCAAGUCCAAAGACGCGAGGACGAAAUGCGUCCCAUGGAUAGGAAGGAUGCUGUCCGGAAGGAGCUCAACGAUCCAGGUGUCUUUCAGGGUGUCAUCACUGGCAACGUUGAGACUGGCCAGGUCUAUGGUCUUCAGGGCGUGAUAUACCAUCCAGAACAAAACCCUCGUGGUUUCAGAAGGUCUCCUAUCGAGCCGUUGGAUCGAGAGGGGAGGCAGUUCUUGCGCCGCUUCGAGGAUGAUGCUGCUGAUUUUAAUCGUGUGACUACUCGGCCUCCGAGGGAUGAGGAUGCAAGUGAUCUUCAGGAGACCAGGAUGGGUAAUAUUUUGAUGGUGUAA